UCCUCGCGCCCCGCCCCGCCGCCCGGAGCUCUUCUGCGGGGAGGCGGCGGAGCGCAGGAGCGCAGCCAUGGUGAAGAUCGCCUUUAAUUCCCCCUUCGCCCAGAAGGAUGAGCCCAAGAAGGAGGCGGCCGAGGCGUUGGUGGCCGAUAAGGAUCCAGAAAUUGCCACACAUGGAGGUGAAAAUUCAUCUGGAAGAUGCCUGCUGACUCUGCUGGGCCUAGCAUUCAUCUUGGCAGGAGUCGUCGUCGGUGGAGCCUGCAUCUACAAGUAUUUCAUGCCUAAGCACAAGGUGUACCGUGGCGAAAUGUGCUACUUUGAGAAUGAGAACCGUGACCGUGCAGUGGAACCUUACUUCCUCCCCAUUGCUGAGGAAGCUGACAUUCGGGAGGAUGACAACAUAGCCAUCAUUGAUGUGCCUGUCCCCAAGUUCUCGGACAGCGAUCCAGCAGCGAUCGUCCAUGACUUCGAUAGGCUUUUGACAGCCUAUCUUGACCUGCAACUGGGUAACUGCUACGUGAUUCCACUCAACACAUCCAUAGUCAUGCCACCAAGAAACCUGAUGGAUCUCUUUGCCAAACUGGCGACUGGCUCUUACUUGCCUCAGACCUACCUAGUCCGUGAAGAAAUGGUGGUUACAGAGGAAAUAGAUAAUGUGUCUGAUUUGGGUAUCUUCAUCUACCAACUCUGUGUGGGAAAGGAGACCUUCAGGCUCCAGCGCAGAGACCAGAUAAUGGGUCUGCAGAAACGUUCAGUGGAGAACUGCCAUUCAAUCAGACACUUUGAAAACUCUUUUGUUGUUGAAACAAAGAUUUGUCAGAAGUGAAAGGUGUUGGGAGGGGAAGUGACUAGUUCACACCUUUAUUGAGAAGUCUGAGCAUUAGACAGCGACUUCUGGAAUUAAAAUGUGCAGUGAUAAUCAAAAGCCUUAUGCAUUUUCUGUGUAUUGCUUGUAUUUCAACAGACAAAAGUCACCAUUUCAGCUUUCUUUGGUUAUUGGUAUAACUUUUUAGUUGUCUCAUGUAAAACUUAAAUCAGAGUAAGGUUGGUUUUGUUUUAGGAGGUUGACAUCAGUUUAUACCUUGAAUGUGUUUGAUUUAGUGUAAUCUGGGAAUGGCAGAAAAAUAUAUA